AUGCCAGCAAGAUCCACUGCUCAGCUGGCGUGGCUCUGCCUCGUCACUGUCUCUGUGGCAAUCUACCCAGCGCUGCUGCAGAAGCCUCCCAAAAGGAGAACGAUCAACGGGAAUGCUCAGCCCAAGGUGACAGGCUGCUGCGACGAGAUUAAGGAGCUCAAGCUGCAAGUAGCCAACCUGAGCAGAAUGCUGCAGGAGCUGAGCAAGAAGCAGGAAGGUGACUGGGUGAACGUGGUCAUGCAGGUGAUGGAGCUGGAAGGGAGCACCAAGCAGAUGGAGUCCCGCCUCAUCGAUGCUGAGAGCAAAUACUCCGAGAUGAACAACCAGAUAGACAUCAUGCAACUCCAGGCAGCUCAGACAGUCACACAAACUUCAGCUGAUGCUGUCUAUGACUGCUCAUCACUUUACCAGAGGAACUACCGAAUCUCUGGGGUUUACAAGCUACCUCCUGAUGAAUUUUUGGGGAGUCCUGACCUGGAGGUGUUCUGUGACAUGGAGACAGAUGGAGGUGGCUGGACUAUCAUCCAAAGACGUAAAGUUGGUUUGAUAUCUUUCAGUAGGGACUGGAAACAAUACAGGGAUGGAUUUGGCAAUAUCCGGGGAGAUUUUUGGUUGGGAAAUGAAAAUAUCUACCGACUUUCACGACGCCCCACUGUUCUGCGGGUGGAGUUGGAGGACUGGGAAGGGAACAUUCGCUACGCGCAGUAUAAGCAGUUCACCCUGAGCAACGAGUUGAACAGCUACCGGCUUUUUCUGGGGAACUACACGGGCAACACCGGGCGUGACUCCCUGAGGUACCACAACAACACAGCCUUCAGCACGAAAGACAAGGACAACGACAAGUGUGUGGACGACUGUGCCCAGUUCCGUAAAGGUGGAUACUGGUAUAACUGCUGCACAGAUUCCAACCUGAACGGGGUUUACUACCGCAAAGGAGAGCACACCAAGAACAUGGACGGCAUCACCUGGUACGGGUGGCACGGAUCAACCUAUUCAUUGAAGAGAGUGGAGAUGAAGAUCCGGCCCGAGGAUUUCAAACCGUAG